UUCAAACUAAGCCGAUUCAUGCACGCGUAUUUGAAUGGAGUAACACAUUCUGUAGCACCGUAUGUGGCGAAACACAUGACCCCAGGAUAUGUGUUUAGAUACGUUGUCCAACACAGACAUAAACCACUGAGAGAACUUUGUGCACAAAAAUGAAUGAAAGUGAGAAUUAUCUUAUCUUUACUCAAGAAACGAAGGGCUGCAUUCAUAAGGCAACAAUGAACAGGCGAAAGGUCUAAGCGGAUUGGGAGAAAAAAAAUAUAGGGAAAAAAAGGCCCAAAAAAAUUCCACGUAAGCAGCAAGUUCGCAGUCCCAAUAUUCACAGUGUCCAGGAAAUCGUAAUGGGAAAAAACAGUGAAACGUUCAGAGUCUUUCAUUAUAGAUCAUGGUCGCUGUGCAACUUACUGUUAAAACCCUGCAACAAAAGCAGUUCAAGAUUGACGUAGACACUACCGAUUCUGUUCUCUCCGUUAAGCAGAAGAUCGAACAGUCUGAAGGUCAUCCCGUAGCUCAGCAAAAGCUGAUCUUCUCUGGCAAAAUUCUUGCCGAUGGUAAAACUGUGCAAGAAUACAACAUUACCGAGAAGGACUUUUUGGUGCUCAUGGUUUCCAAGCCAAAGGUUACUCCCGCAGCCAGUGCUUCUGCUUCGCCUGCACCUGCAGCUACACCUGCGAAAGAAACCGCCAAAGAACCAGAAACCACCACCAAACCAGAUGCUGCAACGCCCUCUGCUGCGCCAGCCACGCCUGCUGAGCCAACUCCGGCCGCUGCGGCUCCCACUCCCACCUCGCAGCCAAGAAGCGGUGAAUCAAACAGUUUGGUCACUGGCCCUGAGUAUGAAGGCGUUAUUCAGAACAUGAUGGAAAUGGGUUUUGAAAGAGAACAAAUCAUCCGUGCCCUCCGAGCAAGUUAUAACAACCCUGAUAGAGCUGUGGAGUAUCUGUUCAACGGUAUACCCGAUAACGUUCUCGACGAGAUUCAACCCGCUCAGCAGCAGGAAGAGGACAAUACACAGCUUAGAAGUGCUGAGAAUGAAAACACGCAGGCAACACCCUCUUUUGACACUCAGAAUUUGUUUGCAGCGGCUCAAGCGCAACAACAACAACAACAGCAGCAGCAACAACAACAACAAAACACAGCUGGCAGUGUCGAUUUCUCCGAACUGCGAAAUACUCCUCACUUCCAGCAACUUCGACAACUCGUCCAGACAAAUCCUGCCGUACUUCAGCCCUUAUUGCAGCAGUUGGCGCAGUCUAACCCUGAGCUUCUUCGACUGGUGAAUGCGGAUCCUCAAGGUUUCCUCCAAAUGCUUCUUGAAGGGGGUGACGAAGAAGGCAAUAUUCCACAGGGCUCGCAAGUCUUACAGGUCACGCAAGAAGAAAAAGAAUCUAUUGACAGGCUGGAAGCGAUGGGUUUUGACCGAGCCUUGGCUAUCGAAGCUUUCUUUGCUUGCGACAAGAACGAAGAAUUGGCAGCAAAUUAUUUGUUGGAGCACGGUGCCGACUUUGACUGAUUGUUUUCUUGGGGGACCUCGUAUCCCCAACUGUUGGAUCGUCACAAUGAAUAAUACGAUUCUUCACCAGAUAACUGCUUGAAAUAAUGAAUAGUUUAUCGGAUUUUAUUACCUGAUAACGCUUCUAAUUUUCAGAAACGGGCUUCUCUUGUGGAGGUCUUGCUUGUUGUAUUACUUUUUGUAUUUUGCCUUUUUUUGAUGCAUGUUGUCAUUUGCCAUACGGAAGUGCGGAAGAGAAAAGUUGGGGAGUUGA